AUGAAUUGCCCCUCACGCACAGAUGACACCGAAGCUCAUCCGGAUUGGAACCAGAAUCCGCAAGCCUUGAGCGCAGACCUGACGACUAGGGCAGACCUCAAUGGGAUUGUGAACCUUAGGGAGGACAGAGCCACAGAAUCGAGUCCAGAGAAUGAUGCGCAAGAAGAUAUUCGAGUCGUGGCUGUCGACAAUUCAGAAUCACCCUCCCAUGCCCUCAAGUUACCCAUCGCAGUCAAUGUUGAUCCGCCUGAGCAGCAGCAAGCGGCCCUUCAACAAACCCACCCACGACGAUUUGAGACCUUUCGCUCCCCGAGAGCCUUCAUGAACAAGGCUAUAGUCGUCGCACAAAAGUAUGCGAAAUUCGUGGGGCCGGGAUUUCUCAUCUCCGUCGCCUACAUCGAUCCAGGAAACUAUGCCACGGAUGUGCAGGCGGGCGCGGCGACGAGAUAUGGUCUUUUGUUUAUCAUUCUCAUGUCCAAUCUGUUUGCCAUCUUUUUGCAAUCUCUCUGUAUCAAGCUGGGGAGCGUCACCGGGCUCGACUUGGCUGAAAAUUGCCGGAAGCAUCUGCCCAAGUGGCUAACUAUCAUUCUGUAUUUGUUUGCGGAAUCUGCCAUUAUUGCUACAGAUAUUGCAGAGGUCAUUGGUUCGGCGAUAGCUCUAAAUCUUCUCUUUCACAUCCCUCUAGUUGCGGGAUGUGCCAUAACAUUGGUCGACGUCCUGCUUCUUCUCCUUUUCUAUCGUCCCAAUGGCUCGAUGAUGCAUCUGCGACUGUUCGAGUAUUUCGUCAUGAGCCUUGUCCUCGGUGUCAUGGUGUGCUUCUGUAUACAACUCUCCUUCCUCAAAAACACCACUGCCGGCGAAGUCUUCAAGGGAUACCUUCCGUCCUCGGCAGUCGUUAAAGGGAACGGUGUCUAUCUGUCUUGCGGCAUCAUUGGAGCGACUGUCAUGCCUCAUUCCAUCUUUUUGGGGUCUGGCGUGGUGCAACCGCGCUUAAAGCAAUUCGAUAGGCAGAAUGGGCACAUCGCAGCAGCCGAGGAAUCAGACAGCGAAGAGGAGAAAUACGUGCCCUCCAUCUAUGCCAUCCGAGCCUGCCUCAAGUACUCGAUCGUGGAGCUAGCGUCUUCACUCUUCACAUUUGCCUUGUUCGUCAACUCGGCCAUCCUCAUUGUCUCGGGAUCGUCUCUUUAUCCGCAAACAGCGGCCACCCAGGCGGAUCUCUUUGGUAUCCACGACCUCCUCAGUAAGAACCUCUCCAAGGCAGCGGGUACUAUUUUUGCUCUCGCUCUUCUGCUUUCCGGUACCUCUGCCGGCAUCGUCUGUACCAUGGCAGGCCAGAUGGUGUCUGAGGGCAUGUUGCACUGGACAGUGAAACCGUGGGUACGGAGACUGAUCACCCGAUCCAUCAGCAUUAUCCCCAGCAUCAUUAUUGCAGCAGCCGUGGGCAAGGAUGGCUUGAACUCGGCUUUGACUGCGAGUCAAGUGUGCCUCAGCGUCAUUUUGCCCUUUGUCACUGCCCCCCUCCUCUGGUUCACCUGUCGAAGCCAGAUCAUGACUGUGAGGACCGACAGCAGCUGGGAAUCUGUGAACAUGCGGAACGGUUGGAUUGUCACAAUCCUUGCUACGAUUAUCUGGCUUGUGCUAGUGGUGAUGAAUGUGGCUUUGCUGGUGCUGGUUGGUCUGGGGAAAGCAUAG